CCAUGAGCUCACAGAGGUCAUUUGCAUACUUUAUGACUGAGGAGGGAAAGGCUAGUUGUCAGAGAGCAGAGAUGGUUAGUGUCGUUCUCUUCAUCCACUGCACUGGUUCAUUUAUUUGUUGCAUGAAGAUGUGCUGAUAAGAAGGUUUUAUUAAGUGGGCCAGUUGCCAUAGCGACGCUUGGGUAGGAUAUUGCCGGGAUAAGCUGUAAUGGGUCUCCUGACACAGUUCACUCUGCUCCUAUGGAAGAACUUCACUCUCCGCAAGAGACAAAAGGUGCGGCUGGUUGUUGAAAUCGUUUGGCCUCUCUUCCUCUUCAUCAUCCUAGUGUGGGUUCGACAAACCAACAAACCGAUAUACAAAGGCCAAUUUCCAAAAUUUGCAGGUCACUACCCCAACAAGGCCAUGCCCUCAGCCGGCAUGCUGCCGUGGCUUCAGGGAAUAGUUUGUAACAUUGACAAUCCCUGCCUGAGUUCCCCGACCCCUGGAGAAACACCGGGCCAAGUCAACAACUUCAACAAUUCCAUAAUUUCGGGGAUUUUCAUUGAGCUCCAAGCCCUCCUGGAGAACCGCUCCAUGCUCAGCAAGGUGCAGUUACUGGCAGAUGAUGUUGGCCAGUGGACUUCGCUGCUGACACAGUCCAACCUCAGUAAUGCUCAACCAGUGGUAUUGCAGAAUAUCCUCAGAGAGAAUGAAACAUUCUCCACAUACCUGCAAGAGUCAUUGAUGGUGCCACCAAGAGUCAUUCAAAGCCUCCUGGCUGCUAAAGUCAACACUAAUCCAACGACAGUUAUCCCCGGGGCUGAUCAACUGAGGGACGUCUUGUGUGAAGGAACGGGUCUGGAGGAGUACAUCCAGUUUGGCAGUCAAGAUGAGAGGGAGCACUUUCAGAACAUCAGCUGCUCUCUCACACAGCAACAGCUGAUGAACGUCCAGUUGGUGCUCCUGCAGAACCUAGAUGCUGGGAAGGUCGUCACACAGCUGACAUUGGCUUUGGACCUGAACCCUGCAGACACAGCCAGCCUCUUGGCCAAAACCACAGCCGAUACAAUCCCUUUAAUUCAGGAGGUGGUGAGGCUGCAAAACUCGGCCAGCCUGAAAGCUACAGCAUCGUUGGAUUUUCAGAACGACAUGAUCGGCAGCAUCAACAUGCUCAUGUGUGACAGGAGGUCAAAGUCUACUUAUGGAACCUCCAGAUUAUUUUCAUCCAGACACACAAUGUUCAGUCAGCCUGACUACUUCAUGGCCAACACUUCAGAAUCAUUUUGUGAGAGAUUGAUGGAUUUUCUGGAGAGCACGCCAAACCUGCGCUACAUUUGGAACACUUUUAAGCCUCUGGUGAAAGGAAAAAUCCUCUACUCGCCAGACACACCUGCUGCUCACCGUAUUGUCGAAGAGGCAAAUAGCACAUUCAGUGCACUGGCGGCUGUGGGAGAAGUGGCAGCUUCCUGGGAGGAGAUCGGACCACGGGUGUGGGAUUUCCUCCAGGAUAGUCCUCAAGUCAAUGCAUUAAGGGUUUUGCUAAAGGAUCCUGUGAUUUCUGCUGCCCUGGAUGGCCUCCUUAAUGGCACUGGAUGGACAGCAGAGUUACUGGCCAACUUCCUGUACAACGGACCCCCAGAAGACCGGCCACCUGGCAUGCCACCCUAUGACUGGAGGGAUGUUUACAACACUACCACCAAAAUACUGGAGUUUGUUUCCACCUUCAUGAGUUGUUUGGACCUGAACAAGUUUGUGGCAACUGCUACAGAGGGUCAUCUUCUGGGCAAAGCAUUGGACCUACUCAAGAAUGAUUCAUUUUGGGCUGGUGUCGUCUUUGAGACUUUGAAGCCUAAUUCGAAUGACACUCCACCGUACAUCAAGUAUAAAAUCCGCAUGGACGUUGAGGAGGUGGAGCGCACCAACAAACUGAAAUCCAGGUCGUGGUCUCCUGGGGCCAGGGACCAUCCUGUUAAUGACCUGCGUUACAUAUGGGGAGGCUUUGCCUAUCUCCAGGACAUGAUAGACCAUGCCAUCAUUAAGUUACAUACAGGAAAGACCCAAUCUCUGGGGGUGUUUGCUCAGCAGAUGCCAUACCCAUGCUUUGUGGAUGACGCCUUCAUUUCCGGUAUUGGUGGCAUGCUGCCCAUGUUCCUGGUUCUGGCCUUCAUGUAUACCACAUGCAUGAUCAUCAAGGGUCUGGUACUGGAGAAGGAGCUACGGCUCAAAGAGGUGCUGCGCGCUGUCGGCAUUCGGAACAGUGCCCUGUGGCUCUCCACGUUCAUAGAGAACAUUGUUCUGGUCACUGUGCCCUGUGCACUUUUAAGUGUCAUGGUGAAGUAUGGCAAAGUCCUUCAAUACAGUGACCCCUCCAUCAUCUUCAUCUUCCUUUUGGUCUUCUGCCUGGCCACCAUCACCCAGUGCUUCUUCAUUAGCACCUUUUUCUCAAAGGCCAACUUGGCGGCCGCAUGCGGUGGCCUUAUCUACUUUGUCCUCUACUUGCCACACAUCCUAUGCUUCGCCUGGAGCGACAUGCUGGGAUUUGGGGUCAAGGUGGCUGUGAGUUUAUUAUCCUGCGUAGCUUUUGGCUUUGGAUGUGAGAGCUUUUCAAAAUAUGAGGAGCAAGGCAUCGGCAUCCAGUGGUCCAACAUCGGCAGGAGUCCAGAAGAAGGAGAGCAGUACACCUUCAUCGUGUCCAUCCUCAUGAUGCUCUUCGAUGCUGCAUUGUACUGGACCCUGACUUGGUACAUAGAGAAUGUUUUCCCAGGCCAGUAUGGAAUCCCCAAGCCAUGGUACUUUCCUUUCACUGCGGCUUAUUGGUGUGGAACUGCCUCACUGGGUGACGCUGACCCCAAUUCACAGAAGGACUCCAAUAUGCAGAACGAAUAUCUGGAAAAAUCGCCACCCAACAUGAAAGCUGGCGUUUCAAUUCGCAAUCUGGUCAAAAUGUACAAGACUGGAAAAAAGCUGGCAGUGGAUGGUCUGAGUGUGGACUUUUAUGAGAAUCAGAUCACUUCCUUUCUUGGACACAAUGGCGCUGGCAAAACCACGACUAUGUCAAUACUUACCGGACUCUUCCCCCCCACAUCGGGAACUGCCCUAAUAAAUGGCUAUGACAUCCACACUGACAUGGACAACAUCCGGAAGUAUUUAGGAAUGUGCCCUCAACACAACGUCUUAUUCAACGAACUAACAGUGGAGGAACACAUCUACUUUUACGCUCGGCUGAAAGGACACAGCAAAGAAGAGGUUAAAACUGAGAUGGACGUGAUGAUCAAUGAUGUGGGUUUGCCACAUAAACGGAAGGAUCUGGCUAAAAACCUGUCAGGUGGGAUGCAGAGGAAGCUGUCGGUGGCUAUUGCAUUUGUUGGCGGAUCAAAAAUAGUCAUUUUGGACGAACCAACAGCGGGAGUGGACCCGUAUGCUAGGCGUAGCAUCUGGGAGCUGCUGCUAAAGUACAAGCAAGGACGGACAAUCAUUCUUUCGACACACCACAUGGAUGAAGCAGACAUUUUAGGUGACCGCAUUGCCAUCAUCUCUCAUGGGAGGAUGCGUUGUUGUGGUACCUCUCUCUUCCUCAAAAAGUGCUUCGGCAGUGGCUACUACCUCACCCUGGUCAGAGAGAGCACCAAGAAGAUGACCGGUCAACGCCACGGUAUCAUACAUAGCGACGGUCAAGAGGAGACAGACCUUCCGCAGAGGAGCCGCAGUCCGGAUGCUGGCAGGAGUAACGCUGACCCCUCAGCAGAUUUGGCAGCAGUAGGUCAACUGGUGCAACGCCACGUGCCUCAGGCAGUCUUCUUGGAAUGCAUUGGUCAGGAGAUCACCUUCAUCCUGCCUUAUGGAGGAGCCAGAGAUGGAACCUUUGCCCUGCUCUUCCAAGAGUUGGAUCUGGCCUUGGGUGACCUAGGACUGACCAGUUAUGGCAUCUCUGACACCACUCUGGAGGAGAUUUUUCUGAAAGUGGCAGAAGAUACUGGCGUUGAUUCAGAAAUUUCAGCAACAAAAGAAGGGGAGGUGAGGGACAGCAGGAAAAAUUCCCGGCAAUCCAAGUCCAGCAGUGCCGCUGCCGUCCAUCCUAAAACAAAGGAAACAUACAACAUUCCAGCGUCCAAGAAAAAGGCCCCUGUCAGUGGAAGAGGAUCCACAGUCAUCACUGGAUGGGAGCUGAUCAGGAAGCAGUUUCUGGCUCUCUUUAUCAAGCGUUUCCACCAUGCCCGAAGGAGCCGCAAGGGACUCAUUGCCCAGGUCGUCUUACCUGCAGUCUUCGUGUGUCUCUCCCUGAUCUUCGCGCUUGUCGUUCCCCCUUUCUCCGAAUAUCCAAGCCUGGAACUGCAGCCCUGGAUGUACAAUCUGCCUCAAACCACUUUUUACAGCAAGGAUGGGACACAGAUGGAGGUUGCGAAUGUGGUGGAGAGUCUAGUGAACAACCCUGGUUUCGGAACUCGUUGCAUGACUGGAAACCCCAUACCCUUGUUACCCUGUGCUCCUCUUGAGUCUGAAUGGUUCACACCAGACGUGGAUCAGUCAAUUGAAGACAUCUUUAUGAAUGGGACCUGGAACAUGUCCAACCCUUCACCUUCAUGCUUGUGCAGUACUCCUAAACGAAACAUCAUGCUACCGGACUGCCCUCCUGGAGCCGGUGGACUCCCACCUCCACAGAGGAUCCAGAACACAACAGAGACACUCCAAAACCUUACUGGACUGAAUAUGACAGACUUCCUGGUCAAAACUUAUGAGCAUUCAGGAAAAAACAGGUUUGGGGGAGUCUCAGUCGGAGGAAUCAACUCUCAAGUCCGCAUAACAGAGGCUGCGAUCGAAGACACAUUCAAAGAAGUGAAAGGACUUUUUUUCACUUCAGCUCAGGACAACGAGACAAAUCGGAUCCUUCGGAGAGCUGAGACUUUAAUGAAAAGGCUGGGAACACGAAACAAUGUGAAGGUGUGGUUCUACAACCAGGCAUGGCACGCUGUGACGUCCUUCCUGAACGUGGCCAACAACGCCAUCCUUAGAGGGAAUCUCCCAGGAGAGGCAGACCCCCGCCACUAUGGCAUCGCUGCCUCGAAUCACCCGCUUAACCUGACCAAAGAGCAGUUAUCCUUUGCUGCCAUGGCAACAACUUCGACUGAUGUGGUGGUGUCCAUCUGCGUUAUCUUCGCCAUGUCCUUCAUCCCCGCCAGCUUCGUCCUCUUCCUCAUACAAGAGAGGGUCAACAAAGCCAAGCAUUUACAGUUUGUCAGUGGCGUCAACCCGUCUGUGUACUGGCUUGCAAACUUUGCCUGGGACAUCUGCAACUACAUCGUCCCAUGUGUGAUAGUCAUUUUCAUCUUUCUGUGCUUCCAACAAAAAGCCUACGCUUCUCCGCAGAAUUUGCCAGCUUUGAUUCUGCUGCUCCUUUUCUACGGUUGGUCCAUCACCCCGAUGAUGUACCCGGCAUCCUUCAUCUUCAGUGUGCCAAGCACAGCCUAUGUGGUUUUGACUUGCAUAAACCUCUUCAUCGGCAUCAAUGGCAGCGUGGCCACAUUUGUCAUGGAGCUGUUUGAUGAUGACAAUGUGUCCCACAUCAACAACAUUGUGAAGCAGGUGCUGCUGAUUUUCCCUCAUUUCUGUCUGGGCCGGGGCCUAAUUGACAUGGCCAAGAACCAGGCAAUGGCCACGCUCUUCAGCAGCCUUGGUGAGGACCGUUUUGAGGACCCACUAAGCUGGAACAUGGUGGGAAAGAACCUCUGCGCCAUGUCCAUAGUGGGGGUUGUCAUGUUUUCCAUUACCAUUCUCAUUCAGUACAAGUUCUUCUGCAAACCUCGGCUGCUUUCUUCAAAGUUACUGUCUGCAGAGGAGGAAGAUAUAGAUGUAGCUCGAGAACGACAGAGGGUUUAUGAGGGCAGUGCCCAGAAUGACCUCUUAAGGAUCCUUGAUCUCAGUAAGGUCUACCCUGGGAAGAGCACCCCUGCGGUGGACAGGCUGUGUGUCGGUGUGCCGGCAGCCGAGUGUUUCGGCUUGCUUGGGAUCAACGGGGCUGGGAAAACCACCACUUUCAAGAUGCUGACAGGAGACAUCCCAGUCUCCAGCGGAGAGGCCUUUCUAAAUGGAUACAGCAUACGCACUGAAAUGAGGGACGUGCAUCAGAACAUGGGCUACUGUCCACAGUUUGACGCGAUCAAUGAUCUUCUGACUGGUCAGGAGCACCUUGAGUUUUAUGCCAGAUUACGUGGGGUGCCUGAGAAAGAAGUCAAAAUGGUAGCAGAUUGGGGCAUCCAGAAAUUGGGUCUGAUCAAAUAUGCAAACAAACCUGCAGGGACUUACAGUGGCGGAAACAAACGGAAACUCUCAACUGCUAUUGCCCUGAUAGGCUGCCCUCCUGUGAUAUUCCUGGAUGAGCCAACCACUGGGAUGGACCCAAAAGCCCGUCGAUUUCUGUGGGACUGCAUCCUCAGUGUCAUCAAGGAGGGGCGCUCUGUGAUUCUGACUUCACACAGCAUGGAGGAGUGUGAAGCAUUGUGUACUCGCAUGGCCAUAAUGGUAAAUGGCCGCUUCAAGUGUCUGGGGAGCAUCCAGCAUCUGAAGAGCAGAUUCGGUGACGGGUACACUGUGAUUGUGCGAGUCGGUGGCUCUCCUCCUCUUCUCAAACCUGUUGAGGACUUUGUCCAGCAGAAUUUCCCGGGCAGCGUCCUAAAAGAAAAACACCACAACACACUUCAGUAUCAGCUUCCAUAUACGCGGGGGGCGCUGGCCAACAUCUUCAGCCAGUUCACUACACAUCAAAGCAUGUUGCAGGUGGAAGACUACUCGGUAUCACAGACCACUCUGGAUCAGGUCUUUGUCAAUUUUGCGCGGCACCAGAAUGAGGAAGAGGAGCCACACGCUUACAACAAUGUGGUGGAUGUUUCAGAUGAGAAACAGCAUCAAGUGUUGGUCACAGAAGAGCAUCUUUUAUAAGAGACCUUCCAUAUGCAUGGUGUUCCAUGGCGAUGAUCUUUGCACUCUCAAGCUUUUUAUAAAGAUUUGUUGGCAUGUUUACAUUUUAUCUGCAAA